AUGAGCGGCCCGUUUGCAGCGACCGAAAGGUUUCCGGUUUGCCGGCUCUGUUUGGGCCAGGAACAGGAGCUGGUGAGCAUAUUCAAUGCGCAAACCAACAGCAACCCACUGCCCGUUCGAAUCUACGACAUGCUGCAGCUGAACAUACUUGAGAACGACAGUCUUCCGCAGUCGAUUUGCAGAGUGUGCUUGGACAAAAUCGACGAUUUCAUCCGCUUCCGGGAACUGUGUAAAGCCAACGAACGUAUACUGCGUGGAGCAGAAGCGGACUCGCAAAAGGGACCGGAUCGGGAAGCCCACUCUGCGCACUUCGGCGAGGACAUGAGUGACACAAGCGAUGACGAGGAACCGGAGAUGGUGGUGAUAGAUCCGAUGCGAGACUAUGAAAGCUCCAACCAGAGCCUACCGAAUGGGCUGUUCGAUGGUGAUCCGUUCCUUUCGGCGGCGGCGGCCGACUUUGGGCACGACGAGGAGAAUGCUGUGGACGGCGUCGAAGAGGAAGCGGAUGGGUCGGCGGAGGAAGACGAUGGCGACGAUGAGGACGACGAGGACACCCAGCUGAAGGGUGGCAUGAACGUAACUAACCCGCCAACUAACGGAUUACCUCGUACCGAACACGCCGCCCACAAUAGCGCCCAGAAUAGCACCGUUUUCACGUGCAAAUAUUGCGAUGUGGCGUUUGCGGUGUCCUCUGCCUGCCAGCUGCACGAAAUGCAGGACCACGAUCUGUUGGCCCCGUAUGCUUGUAGCUUCUGCAGCUACAAAACGUCUAUCCGCCUCUCGCUGAUAUCGCACAUUCGCGAAAUGCAUAGCAUCACCCGGCCGUACAUCUGCAUCCAAUGCAGCAAAGGAUUCGUGCGUCGGUCCGAUCUAAAGAAGCACACGUUCGUCCACACCGGCGUUCGCCCGUACGGCUGCCCGGAUUGCGGGAAAACGUUCUCGCGCAACACGAAUCUCACCAAGCACAUGCGCAUCCACUCCGGGCUGAAGCAGCACAGUUGCACCGUUUGUCCGCGCUCGUUCGCCAACAAGGGCGAUCUGGUGCGCCACCAGAAGACCCACCUCGAGCAGAACCCCCAGUUCACGUGCGGGCGCUGCGGAAAUGUGUACACCCGCAAAGACAAACUGCAGAACCACGAGCUGUUUUGCUUCCGGAGGACCCUGGGUGUGGCACCACUCACGGACGGCGUUCUGCCACCGGUCAAACCGUCCGACCACCAUCGUUUUGCGUACGAUGUGACUCAACAGCUUCCGCCGGACGCGGCGGAUGUAAUGGCGUGUGCACCGGAAAUGCUGCUACCCUCCUCCGGUCCACCGGUGAUUGGUCUGGAUGUGAAACCAACGUUGGCCAGUUUCGCAAACAUUAUCCCCAUGCCAAUGAUGGACCAGCCCAGCAUGGUAUCGUCCAGCAAGGUGUACGAUUGUCCGAGCUGCCCGAAACGGUUCCUGAGCAAAGCGACACUCCGCAAGCACCUACUGACCCAUCCGGAGCGGUCAAAGGCGGCGGACCGGGCGUAUGAGUGCCCGCAGUGCAAUAAGCAUGUGAUGGGCAAGCGCGAACUGGAGCGCCACCUGAUGAGCCACGCAAACAUGAAAUCGUUCGUCUGUCGGUCGUGUGGCAAACAGUUCACGAGAAAGGACAAGCUCCAGCGCCACGAGCGAACGCAUCAGCGCGACCGGCGCUUUGCCUGCCCGAACUGUAACGCCCGGUUCGCGCGCGGGGAAGCGCUCGAGUCGCACAUGCGAAUUCACUGUACCACGGACGCUGCCCACGGCUACGAGACGAUGGACAGUGGCCACGAACCGAUGCUGGUGCUGCCGUCACAUUCCAUGCUUCCGUGA